UGAUUUUCUUAUAGUGUGAGUAGGAAAGUUUGUUUUGAGGUGGUACGUUAGGAGAUCAGCUGUUACAUAUUUAAGGAGACUGAUUUUACGGAACGUCAAGAUGUCCGAAGUAGAUGAAAAAUUUGUAAUACCAUUAAAAUAUGCAGGUUCAGAACCUAGUGUUUGGACUGAAUAUAUUCAGAUGGCUAUUGAUUAUAAACCUUUGAAUCUCGGCCAGGGUUUUCCAGAUUAUCCACCUCCUAAAUAUAUAAUGGAUACUUUAGCCAAAGUUUCCAAUGAAUCUGAUUACAUGUUACAUCAAUAUACAAGAGGAUUUGUAAGUAAAGUUCUAACCAAUCCGGGUUCUUCAAUAUUAUUAUUAGAAUUUGAUAUGUUAAAUAGAUACAGUAUAAUUACAAUUUUCAAUCUUAAUUCCAUAGAUUUUCUUCAAACUUUUCAGGGACAUCCUAGACUGGUUAGGGCAUUGUCCAAGCUUUAUUCAAAAUUAAUUGGUAGAGAAAUUAAUGAAAAAACAGAAAUUUUAACAACUAGUGGAGCAUACGAAGCAUUGUUUUCAACAAUAUCAGGUCAUACAGAUGUUGGGGAUGAAGUAAUUAUUAUAGAACCUUUCUUCGAUUGUUAUGAAGCCAUGGUUAAAUAUGCUGGCGGUGUGCCUAGAUUUAUCCCUUUGAGAUUGAAAGCAGUGAGUGGACGGAUACCUACUUCAGAGGAUUGGGUUUUAGAUAAGGAAGAAUUAAAAAGCUUAUUUAACAAAAAGACUAAAAUUAUUAUACUGAACACUCCAAAUAAUCCGUUAGGAAAAGUAUAUUCUUUGGAAGAACUAACUUUUAUUGCAGAUUUAUGUAAAAAGUGGAACGUACUAUGUAUUUCUGAUGAAGUAUAUGAAUGGUUGGUUUACAAACCUCAUAAACAUAUAAGAAUGGCAACUUUACCUGACAUGUGGAAAAGAACUGUCACCAUUGGUUCUGCUGGGAAAACUUUUAGUGUAACUGGAUGGAAAGUUGGAUGGGCUUAUUGUCCAGAGAAUUUAAUGAGAAAUAUACAGAUGGUCCAUCAAAAUACUGUCUACACAGGUGUCACUCCAAUUCAGGAAGCUGUUGCUAUAGCAUUCGAAACAGAAAUGGAUCGCUUGGGCAAGGAAGAUUGUUUUUUUGUAUCGUUAGCAAAGGAUUUAGAAUCCAAAAGAGAUUAUAUGGCCAAUGUACUUAGUGAAGUUGGAAUGAAACCUACUAUCCCCGACGGAGGAUAUUUUAUGUUGGCAGAUUGGUCAGCACUUGAAUCAAAAGUAGAUGUAAGUUCAGAAUCUGAUCAAUAUAAGGAUUACAGAUUCACUAAAUGGAUGACGAAGAAGGUUGGUCUACAAGGAAUACCUCCAACUGUGUUUUAUAGUACGCCGAAUAAACAUUUAGCAGAAAAUUUUGUGAGGUUUUGUUUCAUAAAGAAACAUGAAACUUUGAAGCAAGCAGAAGAUAUUUUGAAACGAUGGAAAACUACUGAAAACUAAAUUAGUGUAUUUCGAUUUUUUAAAUAAAAUUGGGAAUAAGUA